UUUCUUCAGACAGUAGAAUACAGCAACUACUUAUCAUGCGGUUCGGUGGAAUAACAGUUCUCGUCUUCCAGAAAGGCCGCACCCAAUAUCAGUUUCAAACUGUUGACAUCCCUUCAACUUUUUGUUCGUUCACAAGCUGUUCCAAUCAGGGUUCAUCAAUGGCUGCGAGCGAAGUGACAAGCUGUGGACAUCUCAUAAAGGUUGGAGUGGUUUUCUCUUGUUCCAUACUAUCUAUUGUGCUCGGUUCCUGGAUGUUGGUCUUCUGGUAUACUCGUCUGCGGCAAGCCAGGUCUCAACAAUGGUUGAUCCCGGUCGGACUAAUCUUGUUUGGGACCCCAACCUUGAUUUUGAUCUCGUUCCUUGCCUCUGAGCCACUCCCUCCACUGCCGACAACCCUGCCGAGGAACAAGCAUCAGGUGGAACCCUGGCCGGUACCAAGUCCGGAUCAGCCGGCCGGACACUGUGAUGCUACACCAUGAUGCCAUGAGACGUACCUUUCCACUUUUCUUUUUCUUAGAUUGUCCGCUCUUCUGGGACUUAAAUUCAUCUAAAUCAUGCCAAGAGACGCACCGGGUACACCGGUAUACGGCCACUUCCAACUCGAAGGUCUUAAUUCAAA